UUGUUGGUCUUCCGGUCUUCCAAAGCAGCAUGGCGAACUUGGAACAUGCUGAAGACGACCAGAAACAUGUUAAAAUGUCUGGUGAAAUCCCCGCCGCCCAAGUCCAACCGACCGAACUGUCCUCCUUACCGGGCGGAGAUGCAGGCGUGGUCCCGUGCUCGAUCCCGUCGUUCGCCGCCGCAUCCGAGCUGCUGUCAGCGCCGUACUCGUGUCUGGUCAUGAACACGCACCGGAGACACAUCGCCUUACCGCCCCUGUACCUGAACAAGAAGAGGACAGGUAUACAGGGGGAGCUGGAGGCCGAGCUGCUCAAGUUUUCCCCGAGUCUGAAAGGAGUGCCUUUAGCUUAUGACAACAUCAGGAUAGCUGGCCAGCACGGACACAUCUAUGAUGACAACGGCUACAUCCACAUGGACAUAGAGGCCAGCUUUAUUGUGUUUCAGCCCAAGAAAGGACAGAAACUGCUGGGUAAAGUGAAUAAACUAGGAGCAAGCCAUGUGGGCUGCCUGGUGCACAGCUGUUUCAACGCCAGCAUCCCUAAACCAAACCUGGUCUCUAUGGAAACCUGGAGGGACGCGGGGCCGAGAAUCGGAGCAGAGCUGGAGUUUGAGGUGAUGGCACUCGACGCCGAUACUGCAGGGGUGCUGCUGAUCAGAGGACGGCUGGACAGGACCAGGGUCCAAGAGCUGAUGGCUAUGGGUGAGAGCUCAGAGUCGAGUGUUCCUGCAGAGCAGCCAGACACAGCACACACAGAACCGAACUCAGAAAUCACAGAGGAGUUUCCUGACGACACCCCCAAGAAAAAGAAGAAAAAGAAGAAAGACAAAGUCAAAGAGGAGGAGAGAGAAGAGGAGGUAACGGCCUCCUGCCAGCAGAACAGCAGCAUGACACCAGAGCUAAACGGAAUAAUGGAAGAGGCAAACGGCAACGAGGCUGGUGAGAAAAAGAAAAAGAAGAAGAAGAAGGAGAAACGUCCGAAAGACGAGGAGGAGGAGGUUGAGCUCUCUCCCAUGGAGGUCCACGGGAGCGACUCCAGCGGCUACAUCAGCGACAAGCCAGGCAAAAAGAGGAAACAUGAAACUGGUAGCGAUGUCACAUCUGGUUUUAGUGAAGCUCCUGAACCACCGAAAUCCAAGAAGAAGAGGAAAAGCGACAUUGAACAAUUUGCAUGAAAAACUUUUUUUUCCCCGUUGGGAAAACAGGUUAAUUGUGUAGAAUAACUGAGGUGAUAUCAACUAUGUUAAUGACAGUGAAUACUGAUGUGCCUUAAUGAUUAAAACACAAUUUUUAGGGAGCAAGUUUUCUGCCCCAUGUUGGGUUCUUCUGAGCUCCUCUAAAAUCAUUCAGAACAGAGGGUCAGACAUGCAGUAGGAGCCUCUGCAGUCUCCAUUGUAGCUUAUGCAAAAAGCACAUGAGGACAGAUGCAAACUUGACAGAUCAGUGCUUAUUGGAUUGCAAUUCCCUUUUGCUGCCUGAUGGGGGCAGAAAACCGCUUCUUACAUCCACAUUGGGGCACCAAAGUACAGGAGUGACACCUUGUCAGCUUCAUAUGAUAAACAUGGCUGUGAGUGUAACAAGGGCAGGUUGUUGCCUUGAGGUUAUGUAGCCAAAUGGGACAAAAGAAACUGAUGAAAGACAACCGAGGCCGCAAAACUCAAUUCAAGAACUUUGUUCUUUUGCCUCUUGUGCCUUUUGUGAAGUCUUUGAGAGGACGGUCUAUAUGGAAGCUGUAAGAGAAGGAGAUCAUUUAGUAAUAUUCAUAGUAUUCAGGCAGAUUCACAGUAUGCAUCACUGCAAUGAUGAAUUGUUUUCAGUGUUGUUCUGACUUCCUUUAGUGUUGCACGGACAGUUUCAUGAAGGUGUGUUAUUUUUUGACCGUGAACCAAAAGAAAUUGAAAUCACAUUCAGUUUUCAUCCCAAUUAAAGAUCCCUAUAUUUUGAUAUGUU